AGUUCACGGUGCAGGAGGAGACGUUAGUCUGAAUACGGGUGGAUUAUUAUCAGACAAGUCAGACGAGACUUAAUUCUUGUUUUUCAGUACCUGGCAACCUUGUGUAAACUUUUGGGGAGUCGGAGAAAUGUAUAUUAGUGCUUUUCGGGUGAGCAGAGGAAAUGAGGUGUUACUGCUGACGACACUCCAGUAAAAUUUGACGAUUAAUGGAGGACAUAAACUGGGACCCCAAGGGUCACAGUGAACAUGGGUCCUGUCCCAGGGAGGGAAUGUUUCUGGAAGGUGACCGGAAACCGGAGAACCCUGAAGAGACCCAAACAGACACGUGGAGCUGUGUUGACUUCACCUUGAUCACAGAGUUCUUGAAUAGCAAAGUGGGAAAGUAUCUGAGUGACCACCCCUUCAUCACACUGGUGCUGCUUGUAUUUAUUGUAACAGCCUCGGUACCUAUUGGGUUUUUCCUGGCAUUUGCCGCUGUUACAUUCAUCACUAUUACCACAUAUUGUAUCUUUGUUGAAAUUUUCCUGCUGACUAUCGGAGGGGUCAUCUUGCUCUGUGUUCUCUGCUGUCUUGCCGUGGUGGCCUUCUGGAGCUCCUGUGUGAUAAGCAUCCUGUACGUUAUUGGCUCGCAUGUCCUCAAUUACUGUAACAUUCCCAGAACAGCUGAAAGGACAAUCUCAGCAGGAGACAAGGUUACAGAAAAAAAACUUGAAUGACUGAGUGGUACUACAGUCUACACAUUUAUGUUGCACACCCCCUCUAUGUCCAUAUCUGUUGCAAUGCUAAAGCUGUAAAAAAUGCAUUUGUUACAUUUUUAAGAAAUAUAAACAGUGGUUUUAUAUUUUAUAUCCCUAGAACAGUACGUGCCAUUGUGUUUUAUUAUUUACAUAUAGAAUAUAUGCAUGUAUGUGCUUCUGGGAUUGCGUUUCCCAGUCCAAAGACACAUGUUGUGUGCUGAGAGACAUCUCUAAAUUGUCCGGAUUGUGUGUGUGCGCGAAUGUGCCCUACCCUGUCCAGGGUGUACCCAGCAUACCCUGGGAUAGGCUCCAGACAACCCCCAACAAUGCGUAGGAAAACAGUACAUAAAAUGGAUGGAUGAAUGUCCUGUAAUGUUACAGUUACAUGUUUAUGUGUUACUGUUGGCGAACGUGGCCUUGCUAUUGUUCCAGGUCAGCAAUAUACUAUACCAGUGUCAGCUGGUGUUUUAGAGCUGCCAGGACUACAAUUAGCAUUCUGUGAAAUGAGUAUUAAUAUACUUAAGUGGCACUUGCAGGUUUGAAGAGCUCAUAUUUUUAUGGGUCAACAGUUAUUUGUGGGUUUCUGACUCCUAAAAUGUUUUUUUCUUCUUAGAAUGUUGACUUCAUGUAGUAUUGUGUAUGUAUGUAUCUUUGCACACUGCACCUGUACUUGACUCACAAAUAUGAAUUUGUGUGUUUUGAUUAAAUAGCUCAAAGCCCUAAUGCAUCACAAUUUCAAAAUAAAAACAGUACAAAAAAUCCAAA